AUGAGAAGGAAAAAUAUCAACAAUAAAAAGACAAAAGGAUAUACUAGCCAAGGAUUGGGGGCCCCAGUUGAGAGGAUAGGGAAGGCUAAGAUGAUACAGUUAGAGGAUAGAGAUAUUCCUAUAAUACCAGGUACGAAACUUGAUGAAGAAGAGGCGCAUGAAUUGCGGUUUAUGGUUGCUGAGCUACUAGGAAGAAGAGCAACGACAUUUCCAGGGUCGCAGCCGGUAUCGUUUGAGAGAAAACAUCUUGAGGAAACAUUGAUGCAAAAGGAUUACUUUGUGUGUGAAAAAUCCGAUGGACUAAGGUGUCUUUUGUUUCUAAUCAACGACAUGCAGAAAGGCGAAGGGGUCUUUUUGAUAACUCGUGAAAAUAGCUACUAUUACAUUCCUCAUAUCCACUUCCCGCUCUCGGUUCACGAAUCACCCGGAAAUAUGACUUAUCACCAUGGCACGUUGUUAGAUGGCGAGUUGGUCUUGGAAAACAAAAAUGUAAGUGAGCCGGUAUUGAGGUACUGCAUUUUCGACGCCUUGGCAAUCAAUGGUAAAUGCAUAAUAGAUCGUCAACUACCGAAAAGAUUGGGGUAUAUCACGGAAAAUAUAAUGAAACCUUUUGAUCAGUACAAAAAAUCGAAUCCCGAGAUUGUAAACUCCCCCGAUUUCCCCUUCAAAGUUGGGUUCAAGAGUAUGUUGACAUCGUAUCACGCAGAUGAUGUUUUGAGCAAAAUGGACAAGUUAUUCCACUCGUCGGAUGGGUUGAUAUACACGUGUGCAGAAACUCCUUACGUGUUUGGAACCGACCGCACAUUGUUGAAGUGGAAGCCGGCAGAUGAAAACACUGUUGACUACCAAUUGGAGUUUGUGUUUAACAAGGUACAAGACCCAGAUUUGGAUGAAAGAGACCCAUCAUCAACGUAUGUCGAUUACGAUAGUAAACCAGACUUGAUAAAACUUAGAGUAUGGCAAGGUUCCAACGUACACACGGAUUUCGCUGAACUAGAUCUAACCGAUGAUGAUUGGGAAAGAUUAAAGGCUUUGAAUGAACCAUUACAAGGUAGGAUAGCCGAAUGCCGACAAUCCACCUCCAGAAAAGGUAAAUGGGAAAUGCUUAGAUUUAGAAAUGACAAGAGUACUGGAAACCAUGUAGGAGUUGUUGAGAAAAUCCUCAUCUCCAUCAAAGACGGAGUUAGAGAGAAGGAGGUUAUUGAAAAAUGCCCCGAAAUACAGCGGGCCUGGAAGCAAAGAGAGGUGGAGAGGAGGAAAAGACAUCUAAAUGGUGCAAAUCUGAGCAGGAACUCUUCCGUUGCUCAAUCUCAUGAAGAGCCACCAACUAAGAAGUUGAAAACUAAUAUAAAAAGCGAUGGAGAGUCUCAACAACAACCACAACCACCACAACAACAACAACCACCACCACCACCACAACAACCACAACAACCACAACAACCACAACAACCACAACCACUUCGCUCCGAACAAAAGGAAACCGCUCAGCUUGAUGAGAUACCAACUUAUGUAGAUAGUGACGACGAUGACAAUGACGAGUGA